AUGGCGGUGGAUAAUUGGACCAUAAAUCUUGAAUGUGAUGGGGAACCUGAAGGAGAGAGACAUACCCUUAGUGAAAAGAACAAAAUAAGUCGUGAAAUGAGGAAGACAACUCAUACUGCAGGUAUAAAGAGUUAUGCUCGUUGGUGCGAGGACAUGGUUCAAUUGGAAAAUCUCCUAGACACACAACCAGAGUUAGCACAAAAUAGUGAGGGCGGAGUUGCAUGGGAAGGUGAUGCAUUACAUCAGGUGUUGGGAGAAGAAAAAGCUGGACAAGUGCACGACAUGGGAUUGCUUCCGGUUCCUAAACAAGUUUAUGGUCGAAAAACACACCAUUUUAAGGACAUUAAUAUAGUUUCACUAGAUGGCUCAUCAUCUGAUGUAGAGGUUCACAUGUUGGAGGAAAUAAGGCAACUCAAAGAGCAUUCUAGAAUGCAAGACAAAGUUAUCGAAGAACUAAAAAAAACAAUCGGAGGCACAAUGAGAACCAAGAAGCAACAAUGGAGUGAUCACAACAAUUCUCAGAAUCAAGUACUGAAUUCUAAAAGAAAGAGAGUCCAGUGUGGUGCACCCAACCAGAAUGAGGGAUUCCUCAAACAUAGGGAUGAAUUGAAUAAAGAAACAUGUGAGUUUAAAUUUAGUGAUGAUGACAAUGUACUUUUAUCUGGAGAAAAGGGACAUCACGGAGGGCUUGUAGAUACUAGAACCAUUUCACACCAGGAGGUGGCUCAUGACAAGGCUACAAGCUACAGGCGCCAAACACCUAAACGACUUUCUCUAAUGAAGGUUGGGUCCACAGUGCUACUAAUGACUUCGAAAUAUCCUAAUAAGGCUAAUGUGGCAUAUGCAACUCUCUUGAGCACUAAUCCAGAAGCCCUUGUUGGUGGAGUUAAGAUAGGAAGUCAAUUCUACAAAGUGCGUAUCAAUCAUCCUAUAACAAAAGAUGAGCCAUUAGUGAGGCCUAUGCUUGGAUGCGACAAUAUUGGUGAUGCUCAUGCCAAAGGAGUCCAAAUUGCUUGGCCUUCGAUGUUUGUUCAAAUGAUUAAUGGUUGA